AUGAUUACUGCAACUAUCUCAGAGUUUUAUCAGUUUAUUUACUGUUGUUGCAUUCUUACUGGGAAAUUCUUGAAACAUGUGAAAGAAGUUUCUCGCUUGAGGAGCCUAAUAAAUGGCGAAGCUGAAAGCCAUGGUGCUGAUGCUUUAUCAAUAACAUUUCCAGGAUCUCCUGGAUCCCUUAAAUGGGAGGGACACCAUGGAUUUUCCAGUCCAAUUGUAUCUGAGAAAAAGACGCCUCGUCUUCAUAAGAAGGAGUAUGAAGUUGCCCUUGUCGGAGUUCUCCGGAGGGAAAAGGAUAAAGACACUGCACUUCAAGCUUUGGCAGCAGAGAAUCAGGCAACUCUACAGUUGGCCAAACAAAGAGAAGAUGAAAUCCAAGGUUUAAAGAUGCGAUUACGAUUUCGAGAAUCAGGAAUAAAAAGACUUGAAGCUGUUGCAUCAGGAAAGAUCUCUGCCGAGAUUCACUUGCUAAAAGAAAGAGAGGAGCAUUUAAAGGAAAUAGAGGUGUUGCGUGCUCAGGUAGAUCGUAACCAGGAAACAACAAGAUUUGCUAUGGAGAACUUGCGACUAAAAGAAGAGAUCAGAAGACUGAAGUCAUUCUGUGAAGACGGUGAACGGGAAAGAUUAAAUGAACAGAUAAUUAUAUUAGAAACUAAGUUGCUAGAAGCUCUUGAUUGGAAACUCAUGCAUGAAUCAGAUCCCACUAACAUUCAGAAAGAAAGACACGAUCAGAGUGAUAAUGAUUUUCUGAUAUCCAAUCAGGAAUCUGCAUCACCAUGGCGAACAUCAACCAAUGAGGAGAAUGAAUUCCUACGUAUGCAGGUCUGCCCACCUAGAAACUUGCUCAACAGCCUAUGCUAUAACAAAACAAAUCUCUUCUUCCCUAUCCUAUUGAUCACUCAACUCUUAUAUGCUAAUACAAAAUGGCAUGUCAAUGACUUGACAAAUGAGCUCGAGGUAGAAAGACGUUUGAAAGAAACUACAUCCGAGGAGUCUGAGAAAGGACUUGCCAUACUUCCUUCUCUAGUAAGUAUCGGACAAAGUGACCAAUCGGAGAUCAAAACAAUGGUUGAUGCCAUUGCAGCUGCCAGCCAACGAGAGGCACAAGCACACGAGAUGGCAAUCUUCCUGGCCAAAGAGAACGACGAGCUGCAGGCCAAGCUCAAGGUCCUAAUCGAGGACAACAAUAAACUGAUCGAGCUGUAUGAAAGUGCAGUCUCGGGAAAUCGUAUUCAGGAAGAUAGCAACAUUUGCCUAAAUAAUGUAGCUGAGGAGAAGGCACUCGAGAUGAAAGGAGAUCUUGAGAGGCUAAAUUGUCAACUCACUGAAAUGCAUGAAGAAAAUGAUAGGUUGAUGAGUUUGUACGAGAAGGCCAUGCAAGAGAGGGACGAGCUGAAAAAGAAUAUUGAUUUUAAGCAACAAAAGCUUGUUGAAGUUGAUGGAGGCGAACGUCUCAGGUUUGACUGUGCUUCUACUUGCUCAGACAACGAACGUGACAGGGAGGAAUUGGAUGGCACUGUACCCCAUGUACAGGAUGGACAAGUUAACCCUGAUUUAGAAGACGAAACUUGUUUGCAUGAAGUACAUGUUGGGGAUGAUUAUAGCCAGAGUUUGAUUGAUUUCCAAAUGAGAACAGUGGAUGAGGACGAGUUAAAAGAAAUAAACAAAUGGGAGGAAAUUCGUGCUAGCACAAUGGAUUUGUCAAAAGAAAUGGAUUCUAUAAGAAAGAAGAUUGCGGAUGCACAUGAAAAGCUUUCGUGCUCUGCACAAACAUUAACCGUGUUUGGCUCGCUCGAGCGAGCAUUAGUGGAGUGUGAGGCCCUAGCGAAGUCUAGAUUAGUUUCUUGCUCAGAAAACUUGUCCCGUAAAAAGGAGGAGCUCAACAGUCUUGAGCUGUCCAGACAUGAAGUGACGGAUGCUCUCUCAAAAACUAAAGAAACUAAAGCCGAAUUGAGAAAACUUUCAGACAGCUUGAAGUUGAAAGUAGAGGAUGAACACAGGAAACUGGAAAACGAGAGGGUCCUCUUUGCCAUAGACAACGUUGAGAACAGGAACUGGCAUUCGAGUGCGAAAGCCACCGCUCUAUUGAAAUCCGAGGAGGAGAAAACAAAGCUACAAAACGAGAUAAAGCUGAACAGAGAAAAACUCGGGGUUUUGAAGAAAGAAGCCGAGGUCCUGACGAAGAAUCUUGGAAAAAUAGAAAGCGAGAGAAAAGCUCUUGAAGUUGAAAUUCAGAAAGAGUCUGUAAUUGUCGAGGAAAUGAAUCAGAAACUUGAGAAUAUUAUUAAGGAGAAAGAAAUUAUUCUGGAGGUUCGAGAGAAUGGGAAAAAUGAAUACGAGACGAUGAUCGUAGAUUACUAUGAGAGGCUGUUCGAAAUGGAGUUGAAUGAGGAGUAA